AGGCAACGAUGCAGGGAGCAGAGAGAAGAUACGAGGUCGAAUUCUUAAAGGUUUAUGAACCUCGGAGGUAAACGUGUCCCCAGGCUAUUGCGCACAGCCAUAUCGGAGACUAGCCCACAGCUGGAUUUAAAUUUAUGCGUUGUCUUUUUCACACUUUGACCUUUUUCACUCGGAUUUACAAUGGGUCAAAAUCAGCAAGCUCAGUCAAACAAUGAAGAAGAGUUGGAAAUAUCGACAAUUCAAGACCUCUACAGGAGGUUCAUCAAUGAGUGCCCCAGCGGUUCGUUGCACUUGCACGAGUUCAAAAGGAUGUUUGGGGUUCAAAACGAUAAUUCGCCAGAAUCGCAAUACAUGGAGGGCAUAUUCAGUGCGUUUGAUAUGAAUGGGGACAACACCAUGGAUUUUAUCGAGUAUGUUGCUGCGCUAAACCUUGUGCUUCGAGGACGGCUCGAGGAUAAACUCAAGUGGUCUUUCAAGGUGUUUGACAACGAUGACAAUGGACGACUGGACAGGCACGAGCUGAGAAUAAUUAUAAGGAUCAUCUACAAGAUAAAGAAAGGUUCUGUCAGUGACGAGGCAGGCCAAAUCCACCUUACACCUGAAGAGGUUUGUGACCGUAUCUUCCAGAAAGUUGACGAGAAUGGUGACGGUCAGAUAACUCUGGAGGAGUUUGUGGAGGGGGCAAAGAGAGACCCCUGGGUACAAAAACUCAUACGCCUGGAUAUCAACCCCAGUUACUGGGUCCACCAGCACUUGAGUGACAGAAAACUCCAGAGUCCAAAACGAUGAACUAAAAUGUCAGACAGGGAGGAAGAGGACAUUGGUUCUCUCUAUUAAAGAGGAUCUGAACCAAAACAAUAACUUCUCUGGUUGAAAACGGCCUGUAUUCAUUAUCAUCGACUCUACUCCCAUAAUAGGAUAACAAUAGGAUGAUCAUAAAGUCAGUAUCUCUCAAAAUGGGGAUUUGCUAGAUUUAGGAAAUUAAUGACGUUGCCAAAUCCUUGGAUAUUUGAGGAUUGUGUAUGGAUUUCAAUUAUUCCCAGCAUACUCACUCUCCGAGUAGUACGAAGAAAGCGGAUGUUUCCAGUUUUCAUGGAUACAGUAUUUUCAACUUCCAUUUCCCCUGAAAAACGGAUGUGGGGACUUCGCUCAGGGAUCUUUUUGCACCUGCUGCAUUAGGUUAGAGUGUCCUGCAUGAUAUCCAAUUGUAGCAGCAGAAUCAACCUACAGACCAUUUCUUUACAGACAGCAGAAAUUCCCAAUUGAGUCAUUAGCAUACAUCGCCUCAGGACUUAUUUGAUUGAGACCUUCUCCUACAAUGGAGGCGAGGAGAGAGGACACGAAGAGUAUGCAUUUGAGAUUCUCCCAUUCAAUUUGUCGGGACAUGCUCUGCAAGGUGUCGAAAGCGUUCCACAGCAGUGCUGGCCCAUGUUGACUCCAAUGCUUCCCAAAUUGGC